CACAUUAUUUUGAAAAUUCUGACCGGAUGCCGCUCAGUUAGUUCCGGCUUGCUUGACGCUGGACCAGCAUGACCGCUUUCUGUCCUGAUGGAAACACAGUGUGCAGUGUCCUUGUAUUCUGUCAGAGAGCAGCGCAGUUGCAGUCAGUACCGGAGCAUCAGCGGGAGCAUACAGGCCAGAGUGUCCGCCUGGAGUAUCACUGUCCUCGGCCUUCAGGAACCACAGUGUCCCCCCCCCUCCUCCCUCCUCUGACUGACUGACUGACUGACCCCCGGCGUAAGGAGCCGCUUUCUCCUUGGAUGACCUACACACCACCUCUGGCAAGAGCAGCGGACGGCGCUAAAGUGAACACCUGCUGGUUGAGAGGAGCAGCAGGGUGUGUAUUAAUACACAGCGGGCAACAAGUCAAAGCGAGGCUCCUGCAGGCUUCAGGCCGACUCUGGAGCAGCUGACUUGAGCAACAAAAUAAACCACGUUGCGGUUCCCCCUCCACCCCCCAUUGUGGCUGUGUGAGGAGGAGCGGGCAGAGGACGGGAAGUUGCAGAGUUGACAGCCAAUGUUUCACCUGAUAAUAAACAAGACAGGUUUUUAAGCAUAGACACUACUUGAAUUUCUUCAGGUUACUGGCGCCCACAUGAUGUACACAAUCACCAGAGGUCCCAGCAAACUUGUUACACAACGGAGGACAGGUCCCACACAACAGAUCGAGAGCAAAUUCAGCGACUUGAAGCUCAAGCCGACAUCUUGGCUCACAUCUAACUCUCCACCCCCAAAGAUUGUGUUCAACCGUCUCAACGGGAAGCGCUACCACAACACUUCCACACAGAAGCCCGACAGCCCAGCAGAGGGAUUCACUCCUGCACAUGAGGAGAACGUCAGAUUUGUGUUUGAAGCAUGGCAGGAGGUGGAGCAGAAGCUGGGGAACGCGGACGUCGGGGAAUCAUCGACUGGCAGGCAGGGGCCCGUUCAGUACACUGAGAAGACCCCCAGUGCUGCGAUGAAGAACUUUGUGCCCAUAGACCUGGAGGAGUGGUGGGCUCAGCGCUUCCUCGCCAACAUUGCCAACCUGUCAUGACUGUGCGAGGCUUUGAGCCGGGACAGGAAGCCCCGUGUCGAUGCUCCACCAGUGAAGGCAUCACAGGGGUAGAGAGGAGCUGAGCCAGUCUCCAGGAUCUGCGGUGCGAAGGGUCGUACAUAAUUUGGAAUCUGAUUUGAUGCCCCGUGCUUCACGCUGCUGUAGAGAAAACUGGGUGCACAAUGCAAACCCGCCCCGAUGCAACAGCAACCUGACUGUGAACUCUUGACAGUGCUGACCUGAUGUGCUGCUGCGAAGGACCCGUCAGUCUCUACUUAAACGACGUAUCGGAUAGAAGUUGUGAGAUUUUUCUUGUUUAAGAACCUGCCUCCUUUCUCAAGUGUGCUCAGCUCAGCUGUAUGUACUCAUUGUCUCAUCUUUGGAUAUAAAUCUAUUGACGAGCAAAAAAGUAAAAUGUUUUUC